CCCGCCGUCUCCUCCGAGUCCCUCCCCAUCGCCGCCGGUCCGUUCCCGUAGCCGCCAACAGUUCAUUCGACAUGAACCAAACCGCAAACAUCGUCUAGAUUAAUAUAAUGUCGCUGGAACUGUAACUACGGAAUUACGCCCAUCGAUCUCCUCGAUCACACCGACCAAGGUUCGUCGACUUGCGCGCCAUCAUGGAAGCGGCAACUCCGGCAUCCGCCGCCGCCAGCGAGGACACCUCCGCGUCGAGCAUCGUCUUCUGCCCGACCAGCGGCUUCCACCUGCUCAAGAUCGACGGCUACUCGCGCACCAAAGGGAUGCCCAACAACCACUGCAUCACAUCUCGCAAUUUCAGCCUAGGCGGCCAUAGAAGCUGGUCUAUCGACUUGUACCCCAACGGCAGAGGGCGUGACAACGCCGGCUACAUGUCCGUCUUCCUCCGCUCGAAUACUUCCGACCUGAAGGCGCAGUACGGCAUCAGCAUCGUUGACAGCAGCGGGACGUCACGAGUUUCUACAAGGGGCACCUACAGUUCCUUCUGGAGCAGCAGCAACGGUCACGAGAGAUUCUUCAAGAACAAAGACCUCGAACAAUCCAGGCUGCUCGUGGACGACUGCUUCACCAUCAAGGUCGACAUCGCCGUCCAGGGCGAGUUCCCAGUACGCAUGGAGCAAAUCGCCGUCGCCCAAGCUUUAUUGCCCCCCCCCAAACUGACGGCGCCGUCUGCGCUUUUUGUGCCGCCAGCGGCCUGCACGGCCAGCCUUCAGCGGCACCUCGGCGAUCUCCUCUCGAGCAAAGAGGGCGCCGACGUGACGUUCAUGGUCGGCGACGAGGCGUUCGCGGCGCACCGGUGCAUCCUCGCCGCUCGGUCGCCGGUCUUCAAGGCGCAGCUCUUCGGUGCUAUGAAGGAGAGCACCGGUGCCAGAGAUGAUGCCGUGCGUAUCGAGGACAUGGCGCCGCAGGUGUUCGAGGCUCUGCUCUACUUCCUGUACACGGAGUGCUUAACGUCGCCGGAGUCGGAGAAGACGCCGCAGGAGCAGGACGUGACGAUGACUCAACAUUUGCUUGUGGCGGCAGAUAGAUAUGAUUUGGACAAGCUGAAGCUGAUUUGUGAAGAGACGCUCUGCGAGUGCAUUGACAGCAGCAAUGCGGUGACCAUCCUCGCUUUAGCCGAGCAGCACAACUGCGCCGGGCUCAAACAGGCCUGCUUAAAUUUCAUCCGCUCUACGACUUAUGUUUAGCCAAAGUACUCAA